AUGGACAACACCACCAGGGAUAAAACGUCAAUUCCAGUAUAUCAGGAAAAACUUCCAUUCCCUGCCAAGGCAAGGAAAGACCAAAAUGAUCAACAGUACAAAAAGUUUCUCGACAUGUUUAAAACUUUGCACAUUAAUGUUCUAUUUGCAGAAGCCCUUGCUCAAAUGCCAAGAUAUGCCAAAUUUCUAAAGGAACUGCUCACAAGCAAAAGGAUGUUUUCUUCUGUGACACUCAGUGAGGAGUGUUCUACUUUGCUAUGUAACAAACUUCCCAAGAAGGAAAAAGAUCCAGGGGGCUUCAUUGUUCCUUGCACAAUCAGGGGUUUGGUUGAUGAGAAGGCUCUUGCCGACCUUGGAGCAACUAAUAACCUAAUGCCGUACGGAAUUUUUCAAAAUUUAAGACUCGGGGAGCCAAAACCAACAAACAUGACUUUACAACUAGCAGACUGA